UGCAAUUCACUAACUUUUAACGAUACGAUUUGUCGAGGUCUAAUAUAACGAUUUUUGUGGUUUGCAGUAACGAUUGUGUUAUUCGGUAACUCUUUUUUAACGACACUAAACAGCUGACAUUUUCUUUUUAUUUCAAUACAAGAAAGGUGGCAUCACAGCUUAACGAAACGUCAAAAAAUGCGAAAAGCACAAAGAAGAAUGACGAAAAACAAAUAAAUUCUUUGCUUGCAAAGUGGUAUACACAUAGAUUUCUGAAUAUUUUAAUAUACUUUUACAAAAAAAUGGCUUCGUCAGUACCCAAUAUUCAAAAGAGAAGCCGGACCACAGCAGAACAACUAAGUCGCAUGGUGGACUUUUUGACGGAAACGCCGGGAUUGGCAGGAUCAAGGUUCCAGAAGCUUCAUGGAAAAUCGGACUGCGACAAGAAGUGGAGUGAACUAGCGUCAAUGCUGAAUAGCCUUGGUGGUUCGGUGAAGAACGUCGACCAAUGGCGCACAGUAUGGAGGGAUUUGAAGAGCCGUACUAGCAUUAAGGUGCGUGAUAGGAAACGAAAGCAGGCAAUGACGGGAAACAAUCCCAUUAAUGAAGAGCCACCCACUGAGCUUGAGAGGCGUGUGAUUGCUCUUGUCGGUAGCGACUAUGUGCAGGGCCAUGAAACUGUUGCUGAAACAAAUGCCUUAAAAAUGCUAGCAGAGUCGAGUGCAGCGAAUGUACAAAUAGCAAGUAGACAAGCAGAUGCUUUGAAGUUGUUAGCUGAAACAAGUACGGCGAGUGUGCAGGUAGCGAAAUCGUUGGCCGAAGCUAUGACCACAAUGGGGGAAGGUUUAAAGGCAUUGCGGAUGCCUUUAAUAAUUUAA